AUGACAGUGAUCGACGACGAGCUGACCGAAGGACAUGAACUUGGGUCUGGCAUGGUUGGAAAGUUACAAGGGUUCUAUGUGACCAGCUCGGAGGACGGCAGUAGCCAGACCAUAGCAUUCACUGCAAUGUACGUAAAUGCCAAAGGAUACGCAACGCUGAAGACUAUUAUCAAUGCCAACCAGCAAACAACCGAUGGAGAAGAAACUUUGCUGGAGGUUACCGUCUAUCUCACAUAUUAA